AUGAUUGCUAUUGCCCUAGACGAAGAAGAAGAAAGGAAUGUACAACAAAGAAUAUGGGUUCAUGAUAUUUUGUUAAAACGGCACAUUGAAGGUGAAUUCGUAACUUUAUUUUUGGCAACUGGAGAUUCUUUUCAAACCAUCUCUGCUAUUAUAUCUAACUUAAAAGAAGAAUGUAUGCCAAUGCCGAAAGAAGAUGAUUGGAAAACCAUAUCUAAUGAGUUUUGGGAAAUAUGGAACUUUCCCAAUUGCAUUGGUGCAUUGGAUGGUAAACAUGUUGUCAUUGAAGCUCCACCAAAUAGUGGUUCACUUUAUUUUAAUUACAAUAAAACAUUUUCGAUCGUUUUAAUGGCUUUGGUUGAUGCGAAAUAUAAAUUUAUUGCGGUGAAUAUUGGGGCUUAUGGGAAAAGUAGUGAUGGUGGAAUUUUUUCCAGUUCAAAAAUGGGUAAAGCGUUUGAAAAAAAUAAAUUUAAUGUACCUGAUGGCCGAGUUCUGCCAGGAACAAAUGAAGUUUUACCAUACGCAAUAAUAGGAGAUGAGGCUUUUCCUUUAAAAAGUUAUAUUUUAAGACCAUACCCAGGCAUACAAAUUCACCGUGAUGAAACUAAAAAAAUAUUCAACGAGCGACUAUCACGUGCGAGAAAAGUUGUAUAG